AUAAAAUACAUAAACACAAGAGUCUAUAGCUACAAGCAACAUUAUAUUUUCUCUCUGUUUUACGAACUUAUACACUCUGUUUCAAUCUCUCUCUUCAAUCUUUCUCACUCUUUCCAGGAAGGAGUUUCUCUCUCAAAAACUCCUUUCCUUUUUUUAUUGUUUCCAGAAAUUCUCUCACAGCUCUUUUCCAUAAUACUUGGGGUCGCCCUUUUGAUCGAAGCUUUCAUACUUUUGGUAGGAUGGCAAUGGAGAGUCCUAUGAGAGUGGUGGAAACCAGCAGAGGUACAAAAUGGCCCUCGUCAGAGGAUACCGCCACCUUUGGAUCUCCACUAAGAAGUAUGGCAGUAGAGGAGCUGGGAUUAUUUAUGAAUGAUCCCAGUCUACACAAACACCAAGCGGAUUUGGUCCCAAAUCGAAGUGGUAGUGCUCCACCAAGUAUGGAGGGUUCAUUUGCAGCUAUUAGGAAUCUAUUGAUUGAACAAAAUUUUAGUGUGAAUUCUAGCUUGGAUGAUUUAAGAAACAAAUUGGGAAAAUUAGAGUCCGAGGAACAAGUGCGGUCUGACCCUGCUUAUCUAGCAUACUAUUUCUCUAACAUGAACUUGAAUGUGAGGCUUCCUCCACCCAUUAUUUCAAAGGAAAACCGUGACCUGCUGCCUCACAUUCGUAGCUUUAGGAACAAUUGGAAAUUGACUUCUACGGAUGACAGUGGCAAUGGAUCCUUGCAUCAAUCUCAGGAGUCACUUUCUACUCAUAAGGAAGUGAUAGAGGAGGAUAGUUCACCUACACAAGCUUCAGAAGAUUUAGUAGAAAAUAGUGCUGCAGCAAUACUUGGAAUUGACGGGGUUUCCUCAGCAAGUCGUCAUAAAAGUUUGGUUGAUCUGAUACAGGAGGACUUCCCCCGUACGCCAUCUCCUGUGUAUAAUCAAUCUCGUUCCUCAAGUCAUGCAACAACAGAUGAACCAGUUGAUAAGAUAUUAGAACCUAAUUCAAGCAAUAUUGAUUUUGCUGAGAUUAAAUCUCUGGAUUCACAUGGCACUAUGUUGACACCCACGGAUGGUUCUUUGUCUAUUUCUCUUCAAAGCUCGUUACAUUCUGAUGAGACAGGAAGUUCACGACGAGACGAAGCUAAUGAUAAGUAUGUUAAUUUAGAUGAUAAUGCAUCAGCUAGUGGCACCUUUCAGUUGGCCACUUCCAGAACUGAGUCAAGAACUAAUUUAAAGACUGAACUCAAUCAAGAGGAGCAACAUUCUUAUAUAAAGAAUGUCCCAAAAGUUCCUUUGUCUAGACAACAAGGCAGUUCAAAUCAGGUUCAGGCGUUUCAAGGUCAAUGGAUUUCUCAAGGAAUGAAUAAUUUUGAGACUUACUUGGAAAAAGGACCCCGAAGUCAUCCCAACUUCCCCAUUGAGAUGCAGCCAUCUUUGCAUGCACCUGGAUAUACACCUCCAUUGUAUGCAACAGCAGCAGCAUAUAUGGCUUCAGGAAAUCCAUUUUAUACUAAUGUGCAGCAGUCUAAUUUAUAUGCUCAACAGUAUAAUUUACCGGCAUAUCCCAUGGGUUCUCCACUUCUUCAGCCAUUUAUGGCUGGGUAUCCUUCUCAUGGUGCACUUCCUGUGCCAUUUGGUGGUACUUCCAAUCCAACUUUUAUUGGUCAAACUGGUAAUGUUCAAACUGGGCAUGGUAUUCCUCAUGUGAGUGAUUUGCAACACCCAAGUGAAUUUUAUGGGCGGCCUGGUUCAAUGCCACAACCUUCUUUUUUGAAUCCUCUUCAUAUACAAUACUAUCCAUCUUCGGUGCAUGACAUGUAUGGUAGUUCAGUUCAGCAUGGUCAGUUGGAAUCAAGGGGUAUAACUAGUAGUCCGUUUACACAACAAGACUCCUCUUUUUCUACUUAUAUAGGUGAUCAGAAGUUCCAGUCUCUAACACAUGGAAGUAUGAGCGUGUCUCCAAGAAAAAUUGGAAUUAGUGGUAAUGGAAAUUUUCCUUUCAUGGGUGUCAUGACACAAUUCCCAACUUCUCCUCUUGCUAGUCCAAUAAUGCCGUCAUCUCCAGUUGGUAGAGCAGAUCAUUUUGGUCGACAUACUGAAAUGAGGUUCCCACAAGGCUCGAUCAGGAACCCAGGAAUAUAUCCUGGAUGUCAAGGAAAAAGAAGCAUCCACUGUGCUGAUGAUCAGAAGAAGUUAUCUUUUCUGGAAGAAUUAAAAUCAAGCAAUUCUCCCAAACUUGGACUCUCUGAUAUGGAAGGGCGCAUUCUUGAGUUCAGUAUUGAUCAACAUGGGAGUCGAUUUAUUCAGCAGAAGCUGGAACAUUGCAGUCCUGAAGAGAAGGCCUCUGUUUUCAAAGAAGUUGUUCCAUAUGCUUCAAAGUUAAUGACUGAUGUUUUUGGAAACUAUGUUAUCCAAAAAUUUUUUGAGCUUGGAAGUCCUGAGCAAAGAAAGGAGUUAGCAAAUCAACUAUCUGGACAGAUGCUACCUUUGAGUUUGCAGAUGUAUGGUUGUCGUGUGAUCCAGAAGGCUCUUGAUGCUAUUGAGCUUGGUCAAAAGACACUUCUUGUGCAAGAGCUUGAUGGCCAUGUCAUGACAUGUGUACAUGAUCAAAAUGGAAAUCAUGUCAUCCAGAAAUGUAUUGAAUGUGUCCCAGCAGAAAAAAUUGGAUUUAUCAUAUCUGCUUUCAAAAGUCAAGUCGCCAAUCUUGCUACUCACCCCUAUGGUUGCCGUGUCAUACAGAGAGUUUUGGAGUAUUGUUCAGAUGAUCUCCAAUGCCAAUGUGUCAUAAAUGAAAUACUGGAGUCUGCUAGUAUUCUUUCUCAAGAUCAGUAUGGCAAUUAUGUUACCCAGUAUCUCCUAGUGCAGGGAAAGCCACGUGAGAGGAGCCAAAUUAUUAGCAAGUUAACUGGGAUAAUUGUACAAAUGAGCAUGCACAAGUAUGCAUCAAAUGUUGUUGAAAAGUGUUUGGAGCAUGGCAAUACUGAGGAGAGGGAGCUCUUGAUUGAGGAGAUUUUGGGAGUGUCAAAGGAAAAUGAUAGUUUACUGACAAUGAUGAAGGACCAAUUUGCUAAUUAUGUGGUCCAAAAGAUGUUUGAGAAAAGCAAUGACAGACAACGGGAAAUAUUGCUGAAUCGUACGAGAGCCCAUCUCGCUGCUCUGAGGAAAUAUACGUAUGGCAAACACAUUGUUGCUCGAUUCGAACAGCUAUGUGGAGAAGGGAGCCAGACAUCAGAAUCUGAAAGUGCUUGAUUUGGAACUGCUAUUAAAAGCUGAAGGUUGAUUAAAAUGGUUGCAGAAACAUCAAAUUAGGAGCUUUUUAAUGCAAAUGUUGAAAACUUGAGAUGGGCAAGCAUUGUUUCUUUCCAAACUGUUCUACUUCAGUAUUCUGUUUAUCAUUAGCAUUUUAUUUGUAAGCAAAUGUAAGUAUUGUGUAUUAGAUUUAGUUACUUGUGUAUUUAUACAGGUGUAUAGAGAGUGCCAAAGGUCCAUAGAGUUAAAUUUAAUCUAUUUUUUUUAUAGUAUUUAUCUCCAUAUAUAUUAGCUGAUUAAGAUCCCAUUUGGAACGAGCCA